UCCAACGUCGGCCCAUCCCACUGUUACGCCGCCCAGACGAUAAUUAACCUCUUUCGAGAUUCCACCCACCCUUCCGACUGUCUGGCAUCCCCCAUCCUCUCCAUUUCACGUCGAUCCGUUCAAGCCCAACGACGGGACCGUGGUCCAUGGAUGACGGGACACCCAUAGCGGGCUCCAUGGCUCCGUACGGGGAUCCCGCUGUGUGCAGCCUGGCAGACCUGGUCCGGAAUGGAGUCCUGGGACUUACUCCCCUGGUUGCGGUCCUGCGCUUUUCCAAAGACGCGCCCCGUCGAUGGCUGCCCAAGCGGCGACGUCAGGUUCGAGAGGGCGCAAAAGCGGGCUGGGCCACUGAGGCUAAAGGCCGCGUUGGACCGGGUCUGGAAUGGUCAGAUGGGCAGAAUCGCAGCGAAAAGCAACGACGCAGGCCUCGGGAAGGGCUUUCUACAAGGAGUAGCCUUGUUGCCACAGCCCUCUACGGAGUAGUCUCCCGCCAAGUUUGGACUGACGGAUGCGAUGACCGAUACGGCGCCGAUGACUCUCGUUAAGGACCGACAAGCA